AUUCAGUUAAAACCCAUAGAAAAUGGAUUUCGAGACAAUCUGUGAAAAGUCCAAGGCCUUUAGCAAGAAGCCACCAAAUGAUGUCUAUUUGGAAUUCUAUGGCCUCUACAAGCAAGUCCAUUCCGGCGAUGUGAACAUCGAGAAGCCAGCCGAUGCAGAGGGUGCUGCCAAAUAUGAGGCAUGGCUAAGCCGCAAGGGCUUGUCUGUGGAUGCCGCCAAGGCUGCCUAUAUUGUUCUGUAUGAGAAAUAUGCUCCCCUUUACGGUUAAGUUUGAUUUACUAUAUGCUUUUGUAAAGAUUAAUGUGCAAUAAAUUGACGACUUUGUGAAAUAACCGCUGCAGUCGUCUUAAGAAGAGAA